AUGUCUAUAAAAUCCUCUUCGCUGCGUUCCUUUCCCACCCCUCCACCCAGUCCGCCAGAGACUGCGAAGCAACCUCAGUCCACGAGCCUUGCUGGGGAGACACAGCGCGCCUCUCUGCUCCUCGAUUCAGAGAAGAACCUUCUCAAGGAUUAUCCCCUACCCCCACAAAAUGGUGUCAAGUCUGUUCAGCCUCAAGAUCUCAAAACUCCCGAUAGCCACGUGGAGCGGGACCCAAGACUUUUUCGCCGGACGGGUGUUCAUCCAUUGAAUGGCGAGCCUCCCUUGACCGACCUCUACAAUGAGGGCUUCCUCACCUCGGAAGAUCUCCACUUUGUCCGCAACCAUGGACAUGUACCUGUGUGCGAUGAUGAGCAGGUAUUGGACUGGACAAUUUCUAUUGAAGGAAUGGUUCGACGUCCGUUUACUUUGUCUAUGAGAGGUCUCACGGAGCACUAUGAGCAGACAACGUAUCCCGUCACCCUGGUGUGUGCCGGAAACAGACGCGAAGAGCAAAACGUUGUUCGCAAAACGAAGGGCUUUGCCUGGGGCCCUGCUGUUUUAUCAACAGCAUUGUGGACAGGCGUUCCGAUCCGCGAGUUGUUGGCUCAAGCUAAACCAGUAGACGGCGCUCGGUUUGUCUGCUUUGAGGGAGCCGAUAAGCUGCCCAAUGAUCAUUACGGAACUUCAGUGAAACUCAACUGGUGCUUAAACACAGACAAGGGGGUCAUGUUGGCGCACCGGAUGAAUGGCCAAGCUCUUCAUCCCGAUCAUGGCAAGCCCGUGCGCGUUAUCAUUCCUGGCCAAAUUGCUGGCCGAAGUGUUAAGUGGCUGAAGAGAAUCAUUGUCACCAAAGAGCCUAGUGAUAACUGGUAUCACAUCAACGACAAUCGAAUUUUACCAACCAUGAUUACCCCAGAAGCAAGUGCCGAUCUUCCAGACAUAUGGAAAGACGAAACCUACGCCAUUCACGAUUUCAAUACCAACAGUGUCGUCUGUUACCCUGAACACGACGAGAUGGUUCCACUUGAUGGUAAUCCUAGUACUUACAAAGUCCGUGGCUACGCUUACGCUGGAGGUGGUAAACGCAUCACUCGCCUUGAGGUAACUCUGGAUAAGGGCAACAGCUGGAGGCUAGCCUCGAUCAACUACCCGGAAGACCAGUAUCGCAAUGCGCCUGAUGGUGACGAACUCUAUGGUGGCAAGAUGGACAUGUGGUGGCGAGAAACAUCGUUUUGUUGGUGCUUCUGGGAAUUGGACAUGCUCAUCUCAGAGCUGGCUGACGCGUCUGAUAUUAUGAUCAGGGCUAUGGACGAGGGUCUAAUGGCGCAGCCGAGGGACAUGUACUGGUCUGUCAUGGGUAUGAUGAACAAUUCCUGGUAUCGUCUGGUCAUUCACAAGGAGGAUCGAUUUCUUCGUUUCGAGCACCCCACUCAACCAUCGCUUAAACCGGGCGGCUGGAUGGAGCGGGUCAAGAAUGCUGGUGGCAAUAUUACCAACGGUGUGAAGGUGGACGAAUGA